CCAGAAGCCAAAGCAAUCUAGUUAUUUUCUGAGUUUGAAGAUGUGAAGUGUACGGAUAUAAUGAGUGCAAGUUUCUUUGGUUUUGACACGUCCGGCCCCCCAAUGGAGGGGGAGGAUACAGAAGAAGGUGAUAUGACAAUUGAAGAUGUGGAAGGCUAUGAUGCAUUGAAUGAAGAUACUUUCGGAUGUGGAGCUACAAAUGAUAACUGGGAAGCCACCCAUGAAAAAUUCACCCAGGAAUUGCAUAGUUUUGAAGAGGAGGGUAAAGCAAACACAACAGCUGAUUCAGGUUUCCACACUAGUGACAGAUCAAAAACCCAAGAGGAUGAUUUUAUGGAACAGAGUAUAACUCAUUUGGUGUUGGAUGAUGAUGAUAUUGAUGACCCAGCUAUCAUGAUGUCUUCAAAAUCAAGACCCAUUGCUACAGCUCAUUCACCACCAAGUUCAUUGAAUCGAAGUUUAUUCAGUCCAUCACCGCCAACUCUACUGGAUCCAACUAAUCUGAUUUCUCCAACACAACGCAGUAUUUGGAGUUCCCAAAGAGUACCCUCUCCAGAUGAAAAACUGAAAUCUUUAUUACAUAUUGGAGAAAUAACGUUGCCACCAACACUAGUUGAUACAGCCAUUGUAUCAGCUGUGCACGAAAGGUCACCAAGUCCACCUUGCUUUCCACAAGCAAUUACAGUGGAACAACUAGAGAAUCUCAGUCCUAGAACCACACCUAGCAGACCAAUACCGAUGUCAUCUGCAAUGGAGAGGGACUUUGCAAGUAGAGUACUACCACCCCGCUCGGUAUCUCCUAUAAUAGGUUCUCCACCAAGUACUGCAUUGCCAAUUGGUACACCGCCCAAACAUUAUCAGUACAUGACACAGCAACAGAUGCACCAUAAUACAGGACCAAUUCCUCCUCAUAUACUACACCACAUGCAUCAGCAGAUCAUGAGAUCUGGAGGUAGACUUUCUCCAACGCAACUAAACCAGAUGAUCCAGGAAGGAAGAGCGUCUCCUGCUGCCAUGACUCCACCAUCUAUGAGACUAUCUCUCAUGUCUCCUCGUAUCCCACCACCACCACAUGGAGCGUUACUUCCCAGAGGUCAAGUACCUUCACAUAUGAGAUCCCCAGGAAUGAGAGGUGGUUCGUCACCACCUGUAGGCAGCAACUCGCCAUCUCAGUAUAGGAAGGGAAAUGAUAAUCCUCACUAUCAGAGACAACAGCAGUACAACCAAAGGCAAUUCUAUAAUCAUGACAGAUACCACUACGUGAAGAAUAACAAUCGUCAAAUGUAUUCCGAUGAUCGACAACGUUUUCCUGACUCAACCAAUGGAGUGUAUGACGAAUAUGCUAAUUUGAUGACUCCUAAAGAAAAAGACUGGAUAAUCAAGAUACAAAUGAUGCAGCUACAAAGCAAUAAUCCAUACUUGGAUGAUUACUACUAUCAGACCUUUGUGCUGCGCAAGAGAGCGGAGGUUAAAAAACUAAACAAUGAAGGCAUCCAAACUGUGAAGAAAGAUGAACCAAAGAUUAUAAUGCCACCAGCUAAACAGAGUGAUGCAAGGCAGUAUAAACCAGCACACUUUGAAGGCACAUUGGGCACUGUGUCUGUAGCCAGUGUUAAUAAUCCUCGAAAGAUGAUAGAUGUGAAAAGAGCGCCCUCAUUACAGGAUGAUGACCUGAUAACAUCCCAGCCUUUAAAGAAGAGAGCUGUUGUUUUGCUGAGUAUAGAGAAAGUGUACAGUUUAUUAUUAGAACUGGAAGACUUGGAAAAGAAGGCAUUGGCCUUGCCAGACGAUGAAAGUGUGAAUGAAGAAAGAGACGAAUCUUACUAGUCAGAUGUACACUACAUUAAAAGUGCCAGAUACAGAACAAACCUGCUCUGAUAAUAGAUUUCUUCAAGUGUUAUCAGUGUCUAAAGGUCGAAAACUGAUCUCCCGUGUGUUACCAGUACUAUCAACUAAACAAGCUAUGUGUUUUGUACAGAAUAUCUUUUAUAAUAUCAGUUUUCUAAUCAAGAAAGACUCGCAAGAUUCGAGUUUACAUCUGGCCUUUCCUUCAGUUGCUGCUGUUAUCAAACUGUCUGAUUUAGAGAUGCUGGUAGUAUAUAUGAAAUGUUUGACUUCAGGCUCCAGCGUUGCUUCACUUGGAAGUACACCAGUAUCAGCUGCCGUACAAAAUAAAUUUGGUAUCUGCGUUCUAUGUUGUUUAUUGUCAAAAGCUGAAGAUAUUCUAUCUACUACAUUACCUAUAGAUAUAGACCUUGACACAGAGAAACAAUGGAAUGAUUACAUUGUGCAGAUUGGUGGAGAAAUUGCCUCUGUUAAUGUUGAGAACAUGGAAAGC